AUGUUUGUCGAAAAAAUAUGGAACAUUUUGAUGAAGCUCCUUGUGAGCGGCAACAGCAACAACAACAACAAUAAUAACACUCGCGCGACAGAUAUCAACAGUUCUGAAGCGAGAGGCAGCCAAAAGAGAAGAGGGUCUCUUCUAGGAGCAACCAUUAGCCCACGGACCAGAUGGAUGUAUUUGCUCUUGAUAGUUGGAACUUGCAAAGUCUUUCAUGAUGUUAGUACAGCCACGUCCCUACGUUUAUUUCGUCGUGGCGCCAUGGUCGAGCCAGGUGUAAUGCCGGCCGUUCGGAAUUUGGGUUCCGUAACGUACCAUGAAGAACCAUCCUAUCGAGCAUCCCAUGGCUUGGAGGUGAUGCAAGUAGUCCGAACCCGUUUCAUGCAACGACAACCCAACUUGGUCAACUUGGGCAAGUCUCGGUUGGAACUGUUCAAGACGUUUUGUCUGCCAACCAUGCUAAACCAGACACUUCAAGACUUUGCCUGGCUUGUCUAUACAGAUCCAAAGUUGGACAAGAGGCUUCUCAACGAACUACGAGAUCUUCUGAAAGACCAUCCCAACUUUUAUUUGAUCCUGAGCAAUGACAAUCAACUCACAUUGCCCGAUUUGGUGGGGGAAGCAACUGCCAAUCCUGGAAUGGUGCUGACGGGCAAUCUGGAAUAUUUGACUCGCAGCUACAAGAGUCAUGCCGAAUCACAGGCAUCCGUAGUGCUGUACAUUGAAACUGGAUUGGAUGCCGACGAUGGACUGCAAAAGGAUACCCUGUCAGAGAUUCAAAAGCAUGCUGUUGCCGAAACAUACCUGUGGAAUAGUCCCACACAACGCAGCGAUUCCUAUCACUGGUUCAUUCUCUGUGUGGGAAACCACUAUGAAUGGAAAAACUUGGAUGCCUUCUUGGGAAAAACCAAGGACUUUCGAGGAAUUCUGGCGGAACAUCACAAUAAGGAGCGUUGUGUUACACCGGGAUUGACCAUGGUCAACUCACUCACAGCGCCACAUGAUCCUCAAGCAAAGAGGACCUCAAUCUUUGACCAUGCUCCUUUUCCCUACAAUGAAAUUGUGGUCAAUCACUGGCGUUUGAAUGAGAAGUAUCCCAAUUGCCGAUACCAUGGUGCCAAUGAGUUUGAACCUUGUUGGAAGCAAAUUAACAGUGACGAAAAGACCCAUACAGCAAUUCGAGCACGGACGAUUACCAGUACAGGAAUGAAAGAUAUCAUGACCGCUACAGCAGAUGAACAAACCAAAUCCGACGGUCUAUGGAAAACGCUCGCUUCAGAUUUUGGCAUUCGAGUGGGGAUGGUCAAGAGAGCAUCCAAAAAAAUCUUUGCCAAUCGAGUUGCAACAGUGACUGAACUGAUGCAAGGUCGAUGUCAAAAGGGACACUCAUGCUUGGACAAAGCCGAAAAGAAUCUCAAGGAAUUGCUCAACCAAGUGGGCGAAGACCAACCGAAGAGUGGGAAUGGAGACCAACCAGAAACAUCUAGUGAGAAGCAACCGAAGCAGGGGGGCGAGACAAAACCAAAGCUGGUUGAUGAUCAACCAAAGCAAGCGGGUGAGAACAAGCCAAAGAGUGCUAGUGACACCAAACCAAACCUGGUUUAUAAUCAAGCAAAGGAAGCGGUUGAGAACAAACCAAGGCAAGCUGUUGAUAAACAACCAAAGCAAGAGGGUACAGCCAAGAAGACAAUUCAAAGAACCGAAUGA